AUGAUGAAUCUUGAUCAUCAUUUGGAGCACAUCGCCGGCCCAAAUUGCGGACAAAUUUACGCAUACAAUGGACACCGCAUUUCAGUCGAGGAUAUGAAGGGUUGCAAGACAUUCCAGUAUUUUGAAGUAAAGGGCAACUACUUUCUGACUGGCUUGGGCGACGACAUGAACAACAGGAACACCAAUUGGCCAACGGUGUUUCCUGCUCGACAUGGCAUGAAUUCUCUUCAAGUUGAUUUCAACGACGACAAUGGAAUUAACGCGGACCAAUACGGCGUGCCUUUACAUCCGACCUGCCUCGAGAUCUUCAAGCGCGCUUCUCUGCACCGGUAUGGUGUCGUGGAUAUGAAAGGUCUGACGCUGUGGUGGACGCGUGAACAUAGUUCUGGUGUCAUCCAUAGUUUUCCCCGAGAGCAGGCUGUCAAAGCAGCUCUCAAGGAGGGGUGA